ACAUUUAACAGUUGUCGAUAAACAACGAUGGCAGCAUCAGAUUUCUAUUUGCUAUUUUCCGUGCUCUAAGCUUUUGCCCUUUUCAUAACGAAGCUGUAAGCACCGAUUUACCGUUCGAAUAUGGAUAUGCUGGAGAAGGACGAAUUUUUGAAGACGUAUCGCAGCAUAAAUGCCCAGUUGAGGAAAAAGUUCGUAGGAUUUAGACAAGAAGUUCGUAGACCGAAUGUUACAGAUGCAGUUGAUGGCUUUGAAAAUUUGAGUCGGAAACAGCUUGAUCUUGGUUUUACCGAGUUAAGUGCAGAAUGCAGACUUGCAGCUGCCCAGUUGGAGCGAUCUGUCAGUACUAAUGCCGUUUCCAAUAAUGGAACAAGACAAGUGGCAGAAUACAAUAAUUUAUAUGUGGAAUCAGCACGAACUUUCUGUUUCACUAAUCAACAACUUCCCGUCUAUGAAUGCUAUGAAGGGGCUAUUGGCAGUACAAAUGAUACAUGCUUGGCAUGGUUUACAUCAAUGGAAGCUGGGCAAACGGCUCUCUCUCUGAAUGAUUAUCCAAAUGCCAUUAGCUUCUUUACUAAAGCUUUUAAAUUAACCCAAAAUGAAAUGGAGAAAAACCUUUCUGGAGAUCGUUUGAUUUCAUCCUUCAUUUGCCAGGGAUCCUUCAGAGAAGCAUUAAAAAUACUUGGUGUUAUUCAACCAAACCCAAGGAAUAUUCUGACACAAAUUCUUUUAGUGUUGAUUCUCCAAAGAUGUGGAGACUUUCAACUGGAAACUCUGUUUCUACCUGCUAUAGAAAACUGCAUACAACCUCAGUCACUGCAAUAUGCCAUUGAGGCAUUAAAAUUAGGAGAAUUGGAUGAAACCUCAGCCCAAGAGAUCUGGUCUUACCUAAAUCUUGAUCAACAACAGCUUCUGCUCUGCUUAUCAAAUCUAAUAUAACAGAAAAUGAAAGCAUAAUUAUAUUGAAAAUCAUGUUUACUGGUCAAACAAAACUGUUGGUGGCAAUGGUGGAAAAUCACAAUUUAAGUCGUACAUGGUUUUCCUUGUCCCCAAAUGUUUGGCUUUGUUAUACUUGUCUUCAAGAUCUUUGAGAGUCAUAUUUUGCCUGGUAUUGACACUACGCUGUUUACUUUUAUGUUUCUGUGAUUUUUCUGUGUCUUUUAAAACAUUAUUUAUGUGAACAG